AUACGUAAGUAAAAAAAGUAUGUCUCUCCGAUGGAGAAAUUAAUGUCCUCGGAGGGUAGAAAGAAUCAAGACUCGCUGUGGAAACGAACUCGAGAUUUUAUGUCAAUACGAAGGGUAGAGAGAUCGAGGUAUCUCGAUAAUUUGAAAAUCCUCGAUGAAUCUUCAAUGGCUAAGAAAUAUGAAGAUUCUUCCGAUUCGUUGAAAAUCGGUAGUCAAAUCAAGAAACGAGAUAAUAAUUCACAUAAUACAUUACCAAUUGGAAAUUAUACAACUACCGAUAAGACAACCUUGAAUUAUCUAAGGGAUCAUAGUCCUUAUCUUCCAUACAAUAUUAACACGGUUCAUCUACAAAAUCCAUAUAAAACUCCUCAACGUCUCGAAGGAUACGCUUUGCGUGACACCAAUUUUAAGGGAAUGUAUCGAUCGAGGGAAUCGACAUUACGAUCAAGAUACAAUCGGAAUGGUUUAACCACAAGAGAUACGAUUACUUCAAAGAAUUACGAGCAAAACGAAGAAAAACGUGACAAAAGCCUGAAAAAUGUACAAACCUGUUUAAAGACUACAGAGAUCAAUACCAUUGUGAAACAAUAUUGCUUGAACAGUACUCUUCAUGGUUUACGUUAUGUCGGAGAUUCAAAAUUAUCGAUCGUAGAAAGGUAAAAGAUAAAAUAAAACCUAAUGAUAAUAUCUCAGAAGAUGCCGAUUAAUAAAACUUUUUCUUAUAGAAUCUUUUGGAUAAUUUCUUUCACCACCGCGGUAUUAACCGCCACAUAUUAUAUCUGGUUUUUAUAUCAAAAGUGGGUCUCGUCUCCCAUUAUAAUUUCUUUAAGUCCUGAACCUGUUUCUGUCAACGAAUUUCCAUUUCCCGCAGUUACCAUUUGCAAUAUGAACAAUGUAAAAAGAAGCGAAGCGAUCCGUAUAGUGAAUGGAGAAAAUAUGCGUGAGAAAUUAUUGUUGGAGGAUCUUUGUAAUAGCGAAAAUACCUCCAUUGCUUUUGAUUUAAAAGAAAAAGCAGUGGAAUGGAAUGCCAUGCGUCAUUUUAUGAUAAAUGUAUCGCAAUCAUGUAACGACAUGUUGUAUUACUGUCAAUGGCGUGGCAAUCAGACAGAAUGUGACAAGAUUUUUAAUCCUACGAUGACCGAUGAGGGUAUUUGUUGUAACUUUAAUUCGGUAAAUCGUAAACAUUUGUUUCACGAUCCACGAGAUUGGCCUGACCUAAACAUUACUUUUGCCUUCACUGGUAUUGAUUGGAAUCCUGAAAUUGGAUAUGAUAAACAAGUUCCAUCAGAUGCCAUACCAUGGAGGCCUUAUGGUGCUGGCCUUUCUUAUGGCUUAACUUUAGUUCUUGAUGUCGAUGUUAAUGAAUAUUAUUGUUCUUCGACAGCUAGUGCAGGCUUUAAAAUGCUACUACACAGUCCUGUUGAAACACCAAAAAUUGCAGAUUUUGGGUUUGCUGUAGCUCCUGGUAAAGAGGUCAGAGUUAUUGUAUCACCUCGAAUAUCAACAGCAAGCAAAUCUAUAAUAUCCAUACCUCAAAAGAAGAGAAAGUGUUUUUUCACAUCUGAGAGAAAGUUACGUUAUUACAGGACUUACACACAAAGAAACUGUAUCCUGGAAUGUGAGGCAAAUUUCACACAAAAGAUGUGUCAUUGUGUCCAAUAUUAUAUGCCAAAAUCAUCAAACACUACAAUUUGUGGAAAGAAAGAUGACCUGUGUGCUACUACAGCACGAAGAGCAAUGGAAAUUAAACUCUAUGAUGAUAAUCAAUUGAAUAUUACUGAAAUACCAAGCUGUAAUUGUUGGCCAGGAUGUUUUGAACUAAGUUAUAAUUUAGAGAUAUCAGAUAGCAAAUUGUUACAUAAUUUUGGCAUUCAAGAACAGUAUGUUAAAAAAAAUCAGAAAUAUUUUACUGAAAAUAUGGCAGUGGUACAUAUUUUUUUUGUGGACUCUCAAUUUACUAAAUCUAUGAAGAAUGAACUUUUUGGAUUUACAGAAUUUCUUUCAAGUACCGGAGGUCUACUUGGUCUUUUUAUGGGAUUUAGUUUCCUAUCUGUUAUGGAAAUUUUAUAUUUCAUAACAUUACGAUUAUGGUGUCGUCUAACUGAACAUAAAAAUGUUCCAUCACGUACUAUAGUCCAAGUACAUCCUUUGGAUCAUAAUCAAGGUAUAAUCUAUCCAUUUGCACAAUGAGCUUUAUAUGUGUUAAUAAAUAUUAUGAAUUGUUAUAAUUAUAUGUGCGUGUGUAUAUAUAUGUGUGUGUGUGUCAUAUAGCCAAAAUUUAUAUACAUAUAUAUAUAUAGCCAAAAUUUGAAGACUUCAUAAACAAAAAUUAUAAGAUAUUCUUCGUUAUUUCUUUUACUUUCCGCCUUUUACAUUAGCAUAAUUAUUAUUCUAUCGUAUUUGUAUAAAUUUCUUCAAAAGAAGAUAAACUUGUUUCCUUUAUAAUUGAUAGAAACUACAACAUUUUUCUUA